UUGUGUGCCGCACCUUUCAAUUAGAUAAUUUACAAAUUUAUUUAUUUAAAACGAUGUUCAAAUAAUAAUAAUGAAUUGUGACCAGUGAAUUCCGUCGGCGAUAUAAAUCGUUAAAUGUUUUAUUUCAGUGAGUUUAAUUAAAAGUGUAGUUAAAAAUGGCAGGAACUGAUAGGGUGUCUAUGAAUGAUGCACUAUCUAAUGUUGAUGUACUGGAUGAACUUCCUUUGCCCGACGAACAACCGUGCAUUGAAGCACAACCGUGUUCGGUAGUUUAUCAAGCUAAUUUCGACACGAAUUUUGAAGAUAGAAAUGGAUUUGUCACUGGCAUUGCAAAGUACAUUGAAGAGGCCACAGUUCAUGCAAGUCUUAAUGAAUUGCUGGAGGAGGGCAUGGAACAUGCUGUUAUGUUGUAUACGUGGAGAUGUUGUUCAAGAGCUAUUCCUCAGCCUAAAUCGAAUGAGCAGCCCAAUAGGGUGGAAAUAUAUGAGAAAACUGUUGAAGUUUUGGCCCCAGAAGUCAACAAACUUCUGAAUUUUAUGUAUUUUCAAAGAAAAGCUAUUGAAAGAUUUUCAAAGGAAGUUCGAAGAUUAUGCCACACAGAAAAACGAAAAGACUUCGUGUCUGAGGCAUAUCUCCUAACUUUGGGAAAGUUCAUCAACAUGUUCGCCGUUCUGGAUGAGUUAAAGAACAUGAAAUCCAGUGUUAAAAACGACUACUCAACAUACCGAAGGGCUGCACAGUUUUUGAAAGUAAUGUCAGACUCUCAGACCCUUCAGGAGUCACAAAAUUUAUCUAUGUUUCUUGCCACCCAAAACAAAAUCCGUGACACGGUCAAGGAGAAUCUGGAGAAAAUUACCGGUUACGAGGAGUUACUCGCUGACGUUGUAAAUAUUUGCGUGCAAAUGUUCGAAUCGAAAAUGUACUUGACCCCCAGUGAAAAGCACAUGCUUGUUAAAGUCAUGGGUUUUGGUUUAUUCUUAAUGGACAGUGAACUGUGUAACAUUAAUAAGUUGGAUCAGAAAAAGAAGUUAAGGUUGGACCGAAUCGAUAGAAUAUUUAAGAACCUUGAAGUAGUGCCCUUGUUUGGUGACAUGCAAAUCGCCCCAUUUAACUACAUAAAACGAAGCAAGCACUUUGAUGCUAACAAGUGGCCGUUAUCGAGUAGCAAUACACCUUCUCCUCAAGCUGAUCUUAUGGUCCAUUUGCCACAAAUACGUGAGGAUCACGUAAAAUACAUCAGUGAAUUGGCACGUUACAGUAACGAAGUGACUACCACAUAUAAAGAAUGUGGCACAGACGAGGAGAAUAAAGAAACAGCUGAAUUAGCUUUGAGGGGACUGCAGUUAUUAUCUGAGUGGACUAGUGUUGUCACUGAGUUGUAUUCCUGGAAAUUACUGCAUCCCACUGACCACCAUCAGAACAAGGAAUGUCCUAAGGAAGCAGAAGAAUAUGAAAGAGCUACACGAUAUAAUUACAGUGAUGAGGAGAAGUUUGCCCUUAUUGAAGUAAUAGCCAUGAUUAAAGGGUUGCAGGUUCUUAUGGCCAGGAUGGAAACUGUAUUUACAGAUGCAAUUAGAAGGAACAUUUACGCAGAACUACAAGAGUUUGUACAACAAACGUUAAGAGAGCCUCUGCGCAAAGCCAUUAAGAACAAAAAAGAUUUAAUAAGAAGCAUAAUAAUGUCAGUUAGGGAAACAUCAGCAGAUUGGCAAAGAAACUUUGACCCAUUACAAGAUCCUGCUUUGAAAGGGAAGAAGGAUCCAGACAGUGGGUUUAACAUUAAGGUUCCAAGACGUAAUGUGGGUCCCUCAUCAACACAGUUGUACAUGGUCAGAACCAUGUUGGAAUCGUUAACGUCUGAUAAAUCUGGUGGUAAAAGGACGUUGAGAAAAGAUAUUGAUGGGCAAUACUUGGUGCAAAUAGAUCAGUUUCACAAAAUAUCGUUCUAUUGGAGUUAUUUGUUAAAUUUCAGUGAUUCCCUACAGAAUUGUUGUGAUUUGUCCCAGUUGUGGUACAGAGAAUUUUAUCUGGAAAUGACCAUGGGAAGGAGAAUAAACAAAUGUACGGUACGUCAUCACCACAACGAAGAAUGCAGCGACCUGAUAACAAUGGAAAAAAGAAUACAGUUUCCCAUUGACAUGUCAAUGCCUUGGAUUCUGACUGAUCACAUAUUGAAAACCAAAGAGCCAUCAAUGAUGGAAUAUGUUUUAUACCCACUUGAUUUAUAUAAUGACAGUGCAUUGUAUGCCCUUACGAAAUUCAGAAAACAAUUCUUAUACGACGAAGUAGAAGCUGAAGUGAACUUGUGCUUUGAUCAAUUUGUUUACAAACUAAGCGAGCAAAUAUUUGUGUAUUAUAAGCAGUUAGCCGCCAGCAUAUUCCUAGAUAAGCGAUUCCGUGUUGAGUGUGCAGCCAUAGGAGCCUAUUUGUUGCCUUAUCCUAGAGCCAAUCGCUAUGAGACUUUAUUAAAACAACGUCACGUGCAGUUAUUAGGUCGUUCCAUAGAUUUGAAUAAACUUAUCACACAAAGAAUUAACGCUGAUAUGCAAAAGUCGUUAGAUUUUGCUAUAAGUAGGUUCGAAGCUGGCGAUAUAACUGGUGUUAUGGAAUUAGAGGGCUUGUUAGAGGUUAAUAGAUUGUGCCAUAAGUUACUAAGCAAAUGGUUAGCUUUAGAUGAUUUUGAUUCGAUGUUCAAAGAGGCAAAUCACAAUGUCCUUGCACCUUAUGGUAGGGCAACCUUACAUGUGUUUUGGGAGUUAAAUUAUGACUUCUUGCCCAAUUACGUAUAUAAUGCUGCCACCAACAGAUUUAUAAGAUACAGAGGUAUCCAAUUCUCAGGAGCUGUGCAUAGAGACAGACCCCCACAAAUGUCACAUGCCUAUACUUGGGGAAGUAAGCAGUUAAAUUUGGCCUACACCACACAAUACAGCCAAUAUAAUGGAUUUGUUGGUCCCCAACAUUUCCAUAAAAUGUGUAAAUUAUUGGGUUAUCAGGGAAUCGCUGUAGUAAUGGAGGAGUUAUUGAAAAUUGUUAAACAACUAAUCCAAGGAAAUCUGCUACAGUUUACUAAAACCUUAAUGGAAGCGAUGCCGAAACUGUGCAAGCUUCCAAGAUACGACUACGGAUCGCCCGGUGUCUUGGGCUAUUAUCAUGCACAGUUAAACGACAUCCUUCAGUAUCCUGACGCGAAGACUGAACUCUUUCACAAUUAUCGAGAAUUCGGAAAUAUUAUACUGUUCUGUUUGUUGAUGGAGCAGGCUUUAUCUCAGGAGGAGGUGUGCGAUCUGCUACAAGCCGCACCGUUCCAAAACAUACUGCCUAGACCCUACUGCAAAGAAGGGGAAAAACUUGAACAAAAACAAAAACGUCUCGAGGCAAAGUAUGCGGCAUUGCAAAUUGUUCCGAAUAUUGAGAAGCUUGGUACAGCCAAACAAGCAAUGAUAUCUAGGGAAGGUGAUUUGUUGACCAGAGAACGAUUGUGUUGUGGAUUAUCUAUAUUUGAGGUCGUUCUAAAUAGACUAAGGACUUUCCUUGACGAUCCUAUUUGGGUUGGUCCUCCUCCUGCUAAUGGCGUUAUGAAUGUUGAUGAAUGCGUCGAGUUUCACAGACUUUGGUCUGCUUUACAGUUUGUAUAUUGCGUACCAGUUAGUGAAAAUGAAUAUACAGUGGAGGAAAUGUUUGGUGAAGGUUUGCAUUGGGCAGGUUGCACGAUGAUUGUUUUACUUGGCCAACAACGGCGAUUUGAGGCCUUAGAUUUUUGUUAUCACAUUUUAAGAGUACAACGCGUUGACAUGAAAGAUGAGAAGGUCAAAGGAAUAAACUUGAAAAGGAUGUGUGACAGAAUAAGAAGGUUCCAGGUAUUGAAUUCGCAAAUUUUUGCUAUUUUGAACAAGUUCUUAAAAUCUGGAGAGAAUGAUGAACUUUCUGUGGAACAUGUUAGAUGCUUCCCACCACCUAUUCAUCCUGCUAUAAAUCCUCAACAACAUUAUCACGCUCCAGAACAUUUACGACAAUGUUAAGGGAUGUGUAAUUGUACAAUUGACACGUAUUUUAGUCUACUCCAUAUUUAUAUUAAUUUGUGAUUAUAAGCAAUUGUAAAGGAUAUUUGACUUUUUUACUUUUUAUAUUUCUGAAGAAUUAAGGGUCUCAACAUACAUCUGUAUAUAUCCAUUUAAUAAUAUUGUUAAUGAGCUACUCUGUCUCCUUAUUAUUAUUAUUAUUAUUAUUUUAUAAUUUUAAAAUUAAUCGAAAUAUUACACAUAUUUUACUUUGAAUAGUCCAAAAAUAAUUAGUUAUUUAUAAAAUAUUAAUAUUUUGUAAUUUUAAUUAUAUUAUAUUUAUUAUUUGUACAUGUUAUUUGCAAUAAGUAUAAUAUUCCAUUCUAUAAUAUAUUUGUAAUUUUA